UUGUCGUUUUCAUGUUCGUCUGUCAAAAUAAAUCCACAAUACAUCAUUGUUUUUGUGAAGUGGUUGUAAAAAUUGCCAGACAUGCUUCGGAGUGGCCCGCUUUCGGCUAUCCUGAACGAGGAAGUUGCUCUUGAAGGAUUGGAAGGCAGCACUAUUGACACAUUAUGGAAUCAUUUGGCGAUUCGUUUGAAAAUGCAAAUGCCAUUGCCGGAAAAGUUUUGCGAUUCGGUAUGGCCACUGAUCGUCCAGAAUGGGGAGUACGCCUUUUACGUGUUGCCCGAGUCACGCAAAACGUUCGUUUUCUUCGACCGGAUGCAACACGUCGAUCCGGCAACGGGGGUUAUGAAGGAACCCAAAGAAUACCCCGGCCAUCGCUUCAAGUACAAUCCAAUCAACGCGGAUGGUGUUAAAGGGUCUUGCGAACAUUACGACACAAGACAGCCCGUGGCCCGGGAGGAUUUAACGCGAACCACCUGUCAAGAGGUGGAUGCCAGAUGGCCGAAUAAAUUUGUCAUCGUAGCUUCGCAGAAAAUGCGCGAAGCGCACAUUAUCGAUCCGAAUUGUACUUUUGAGUUAACCAUCAUCCAAUACUGUAUGCUCGAGUGGAUUGCUCGUUCUCGUUUCAACGGCGAGACUUCGCAGGGCAAGUUUUCGCUGGUUGAGUUAACGAAGGAUUCGAGCAUUCUGUACUACAAUCGAAAAUUUCUCACCGACUGCAAGCUAAUCACCCGACAGGGACUCUGCCAGCGGACGGGGGAAUCCAGCAUCCAGGGGAUGGUUUAUCACUUACCGAGAUACUAUACCGAAAUGAAACCGAAGACUUUGGUCAUCACCGAAAAGGUGGUCAACAUUCUGAAGCAGCGCCCCGGUUACAUGGCUGAUUAUGAUGAGAUUAAGCAUGUAGUUUUGGGUAGAGCGGAAGCACGAAAAUGGUUCCGCGGGAAUGAAUUUACCAAGUUUAUCAGAACGGAUGAGACGGUCCCGUAUCGGGUUCUGUAUCCCGAGGCGGAUCCACGCGAGUGGCGGCUGAAGAAUAAGAAGGGGGAGGAAAAACAAGUUCGCAUAAUGCGGCUGAUCGAUCCGGAGGCGGAUGUGUAUGACGUGUGGUACAAGGACGAACAACCGGAGGACGAUCAGAAGGACGGGAUUUUGAAUUCGCAGAAGGCGUACAUCGAUAUGCCGGUGCUGCAGCAGGCGUACAAUGUGAUAGCGCUUUCGGGAGAGCACGGCGUAUCGCAAUCGGCUCUCGCCAUCCAGAUGGGUCUGGAUCGACUGAACGCGCGGGCUGUGGUGAAGAAUCUGGUGCGGCUGAAGGCCGUGGAGGGCCACGCAGUGGACGAGGGACGGCAGCGUACAACGAAAUACUUUCUACCUGGACGAUCGUUGCGUACGGUCACAUUCGACCGGGAGGUAAUCCAGCUCAUGAGUACCCAUUUGAAUGUGACCGGUGGGGCCAGUGUGUGUAUCGCAGCACCGACGGCACAGUCUUCGAGCAGCGCGAGUCAGGUGAAUGAUUUGGAUGAAGAACAUGAGGAGGAGAAAGAUCGUUAUGCGAUGGAACCGAAUCUCUACUCGGCAGCGAAUACGGUGAUGGAUUCGAUCGCGGUCGAGGUGAACGUGACGGAUGAGAUGUUAUUUUUGAAGAAGGCUCAAGCUGGGAUUUCGUCGAUGAUGAACACGAAGUUGAUCAGUGCGAAAAUGUUGCGAAGGUGCAACCAAAUAUUGGAACUCGUGAAACAGUAUCAGGUGAUCGAACCGAGGGUUGUUCUGAAGAAAAUCAAUCGCGAUGAGAAGGCUAGUGGAUACAAGGCGGAGGCGUGUCACAAGUCGGUUUUGCGUUUGCUGGGUAAACUGGCGGUGGAUAAGUUUUUGCGCAUUGCCAACGUCAAACUGGUAAAGGAGGACAAGGAGCUGAAUGUGGUUUAUGCGUGCGAUAUGGGCGUGGACAAGGAUAACACGAUUUUGCUGGCGAAAAUCGAGGCGGCGAAAGCGCGAAUGCUGUUGCAAACACCCGGAACGCGUUAUGCGAAGAAACAGAUGCUCGAAGCCGAUACACUAGCGGCCGGACACAGCUACGAAGGAACACUGGCGAAGUGUCUCCGAAUGAAGCUGCUGCACGAGUUUUUGUUUUAUUUGAUAUAUACACUCCCAGCGGAAGCACAGGAAAUUCUUCCCGAGAAUUGUCCUGGUCUCGAUUUGUCCGAAGUGGGUGAUUCACUGGGGCCUAUUUAUAGUGUCGACGAUUGGAAAAUAUUUGUGCCACCGUUGAAUCUCUACGAGAGCUAUGGGCAAGGAUGGGCACUGCUUACCGAUGUGACAGUGAGGCUUCCCCUGUCAAUUUUCUGUCAGAUUUGCACGUUUGGAUUCUACACCAAGGAACUGGACCACUACCUGAACCAUCCGAUCCGGCGACACACGCUGAUCAAGCAAUUGCCGCGUCAAAUCCGACAGCAGCUCUUCCGUCAGCGAAAAUACAUAUUUAACAUUUUUGAACUAUGUCAGAAGCUGUGCUACGCGGGUCUGCUGCAGUUUGGUCCGCAGCGCAUGAAGGAUCGUGACCAAACGUUCAUCUAUUUGAAUAAAAAUACUGCUCUGUUGGACACCCGUAGCUCCUGCGUUGGCUACCAGGAAAUUGAGGAUAAAGUUUACCCGAUUCAGGUGUUUACCCUCGAGAAGCCAUUCGAUCUGGCGAUGUACUGGGAAACAUUGUACAAAUUUGCCAUGGAAACUCGCUUGAACCGGCGCUCGGUCGCAUUCGGGAAAGAGAUUCUCGUCCGACAGUUGCAAGUGAAGCCGGAGAUAAUCGAGGCUGGCAAAGCGCGAACGCCAGAACAAGCGUACGAAAAUGACGUGGGCCGGUUGCCUCCUGGCGAUGGACGUGGAGCUGCCGGCAUGGACACCGCAAUGUUUGUCCACCUAAAAUCCAACUGGAGCAAAGUGAUGAAUUACGCCCCGCCAGAGAACUGCCAACGAGCAAAGAUGAAACGGUUGAAAGCUAUGAAGAAAAUAGUCGCAAAGGGGAGAGAGAAACCGGCCAGCAGUCGUGUGGUGAUCGGCAAUAAGCGCCUGGUGGGGGCGGGUUCGAAGGAUAAAAAAGUUCCACUGAAAACCAAACUGAUGCUUAAAGCCGCUCCUCCUGCGUAUCGAAAGUACGGCGAGAGGAAACAUAGCAAUAGCUUCAAAAUCCGCAAAAUUGAGUGCCGUCCACCCAGGAAACGUAAAAGGAACCACUAUGACGAAGUUGAUCGGAAGGCGCUAAGAUUGAUGAAAAAAUUGCGCGUCGAUUGGAGCCGCAACGAGGACGCGAUUUUGCUGACGUGUCGUGUUGCGGUCAAAUACCUGUACGGAGAUGUCCGGAACUCGAACCAGAUUAUCAACUCGCUGAUUUACCGGGACAUCCUCCACUGGUCGGAUCCAAAUUCGGCCAACAAGACAUCUCGGGCAUGCCAGCGUCGGAUCAACUAUAUGGUCAAACAUAAGCCCGGAGUCGCUGCCAACGUUAAGAUGUGUGUGGAGGAAGCGAGACUGAAUCCGGUUAUGCAAGCACGUUUCGGACCAGAUUUUGUCGAGCGCCUGAAGGGGGUGUAUCCUCUGGCGGAAGAAUCUGCUAUGGCAUUGAAGGUUCACUUCGUGAAGCUGGUGUUUAUGCUUCGGAAAACAUUAACCAAGCUGAACACGGAUAAUUUUCGAACACCAUCCGCGCUCGGUGAUAAUCAGCUCAAUAGAGUAACUAUUCCGGAUACGAUUGGGGAGUUCGAGCAGCGAUUCAAUGUUCUGCAGUCACACAACAAAGUUGAAACCCUGAAUUACGCCUCGAAUCCCAAGCAAUCCGAAGACAUAAUACUGCUCAAAUUGGUCACGUUGAUUCACAGUGCGGUGACAAAUCUCAAAAGAAAGGGAUACUUCAACGUUCAGUUGUUCAACGUUUACAAGAACUACUCCGAGCGCCAUCUGUCCCAAGCGAUGAAGAUGGUUCGAUCCUUCCGCCUGAUUUCAUUGUCUCGCAAGCUGAAGAUGGAGCGCAUCGUGGCCACGAGCAUUAUGCCAGCGUGGGAUAAUCCGUAUCACGUUUCGAUCAGCUACAUCAAUCAGAUCAUCACCAAAAUACCCUUCGAAAUGUUCAACUACGUUUACUACAACUACCUGAAGCUACUCGAUCGGCCCAGCUACGAGGAACCGGUCACGUUCGAUGAUGGCGGCCAGGGUCUGAUGUUACUGCUUGCCGAGCUCCUAACCAUGGAUUCGAUCGAUCUGGACCUGGAAUACCCCGCGGAGUUUAUACAGAUGAAUCCGGAGCUCAAAAAUGUUCACCCGGAGUUGCUGGACGAAUUCGAAACCGACGAGGAACCGAGAGUGUCAGCAGUGAAACGCGGAACCAAAGCGGACCCAAAAUCUACCACCAAAAUCCGCUUCGAUACCAAAAGCGACGUGUACUUCAACUACGUGAUGCAUCCGAUCGAGAAGCUCACGAAAAUCCCAACCGAAUACCUGCACUUCUUCUGCUUGCUGAACAGUUUCCGCGAACGCAUUUUCCUCCGAACCUACAAGAUCGACGAGACGUACAACGUAUGCACCGCUCCCGACUGCAUUUUGCAGGAUUCCGAGCGUAAUAUUAUUUCAAAGUGCACCGCGAUCGCCAUAGCUCGGCGCGAAAUCAUCGAACGGAUCAAACAGAGCAAAGCGUCGUCCCGUAUCGAGUUGGCACCUAUGCUGGUGGUGCGGGAGGACAACAUAGUCCAGUUCUUCGCAAAAACAGUGAACGAAUACGGCAAGGCACAUAUCGCGAGGCAAAAACGGGACCUGGGUCGCACCCUGGACGAAAUAAGGACACCCGUAAACAUGGUGGAACUGGUCGACGAAAUCGUACGCUUCGAACACGUGCGCGACUUCAACUGGUUGGAUCGUUACGAGAUAACCCAGCUGGAGGAGGAAAACACCGCACUGAUGAUGGCCGAUGCGGACCCCGGGGAUUCCUCGUUUUCGCGCGAUUCGCACUACAAGGACGAUCUGAGCGAAAAGGUGCACAAGUUGCACAAUUUCUACGUCGUCACCUAUCUCAAGAUGAACAUACGGCUGAAAUACAGUGCACCAGAGGAGCUUCGACAUCGCGUUCGGUUCGACAAUCGGGACAUCCCAAGGUGCUUCCUGCCGGAGAAGUUCGACCGGCGGCAGGAUAUACUCACCAGGGUCACAAGCGAUGCCAUUUGGCCCUCCCGGGAGGAACUGCAGCCACUGCUCGAGCAGGCCAGCCCACUGAUCUACCAAAAUCCGCGGCUCUGCACAUUGGCGCUGUACAUCGAAGACCAGGAACAGCUUGGAGCAAGCGUACAUGAUCUGGCGGAACGGUUCCCCAAUCGGGCGGAGCUGAUGGAAGAUCUGCAGAUAUUGCUCAACUUCAAAUUCAUUCUCCGGACCGGUUAUCGGGCUGCAGUCUAUGUCCACUGGCGCCAUGCGCAAUCGUGGCUUCUUCGAACUUCGUGUGUGAUUCACGACGCGAAGGAAAACGCAACGGAAGCGGAGAUCGUCAAGCAGGAACCGGGUACAUCACGCCGCAAGCGACCACUGGAGAAGUUCGCCGAUGAUGACGAAGUACGUGAACCGCCGUGUAAAACGAGACGGGAGGAGAUUGAACGGCAGUUUGAGGAGGCGGAAGAAAGGGAUAAAAACAAACCGAAAAAAAAUCUCUCAUUGCUCAUGUCGCCUUGGGUUACAGUUGACGGAGGAGUCAACCGCCGGUUGCUGUAUCGGUGGCUCACAACGUUGCUGUUGUACUGCAUGUCGCAUCCCGGGGUCAUACUCGGUGUAAUUUAUUCCCGGUUCAGUAUGAUGGCCCCGGUGCAUCUCAGCUAUUUGUUGGAGAUCUUGCAAGAGUACGGCUGUGUAAAGAUUCUAGCAAUGGAAGUGCGCCAGAAGAAGACUCUGUUUUCCAACUAUCGUCCGGUUAAAAUAGAGAAAGCCACGGAAUUUCAUCGAGAGGAACACACUUAUGUGGAGGCUACACCGAACGCGCUCACGACACUAACAAUGUUCAUCGGAGACUACGGCAAGUUCCAAACAGACUUCAUGGCGUCACCCAAAUACGUCGAACUACUGGAGGAGCAGACAAACGAUUAAAAUAUGGAGAAGGCAAGGUCGUCAAGUCAUCGUGCAACUUUUCUCACGUAAGGUAUUUCAAAACAUUCAUCUCUCGAUUCAAAGGUAUAUUCGGAGCAUUCAUUUCGUUACUUUUGACACAAAAACAAGGUCGGACAAACGAGUGAAAAGACCAAUAUAUGCAUGGGCGACUGCAGCAGCAGUAGUCCAUGAACUGCUAA